AUGAUUGAUAUAUUGGGGUGGCGGUUGCAAUCUGUUGGCUUUGUGAAGCAGUUUCCAUCUCUUGGGUUUGGGGGCUUAAGAAACGGGACUAGAGGCGCAUCUUGGUUCUCUCGUGUCCGACGUCUCAGGAAUAGAACUGUGCAGCAUGAAUGUCCACCUGUAGCAGAGCAAAUACACAGCCAGGAAAUCAUCCACGGGCGGCUGAGGGUCGAUGAGUUCAAGUGGUUGGAAAACAUCCAAGACAAGGCUACUCUUGCGUACUGUGGAGCCGAGAGCAGAUAUGCUGAGCAGCAACUGAAAGACCUGCAGCCACUUAGCCGUCGCAUUCUCAAGGAGCUGCAAAGCUACAUUCCCCGCUCGCCCCCGAACGAUCCUCCUGACAUUAUAGAUGGAUGGGAGUACUCAAAUCGUUGGGUGUCAGGACGCAUAGUAUACGUACGACGACCAAUUAGCGGAGGAAAUGAAGAAAUUCUGCUAGAUACAAGAUUUCUCCCACAAGGUUCAACCAGCGUCAAGAAGUGCUUGAUAUCUAACGAUCACAAGGUGCUGGCCUACUUGAUUUGCGGGCCUACAGAGGAACAAGGAACUCUGUAUUUCCGUGAUCUUACUAGACCACCAUCUUUGAAAAACAUUGCAGCAGUACCUAAAGUCUUCAAUUUUGUCUGGGCGGAUGGGCACCGAACUGUUUAUUAUACGCGGUUGGAUGAACUCCUGAGGGCCAAUGAGGUGUUUCGACACCGACUUUAUGCCUUCGAAACGACCGACGAACUCGUAUAUCAUGAGCCUGAACCAACGUGUUUCUUGGAUGUGAGUAUUACGAAGGAUAAGAAAUAUGUUACCAUCAAUUCAAGUUCAUCCAGCGACUCCAAAGUUCUGGUUGUGUCAACGGAAGGGAGCAAGUCGGAGCAACCCAGACUCGUGCUGCCUAGAUUGGCAAACACGCAAUAUUAUGUGGACCACCACGAGGAUGCCUUUUACAUACUUCACAACCACAUCUCAGACAACUUCAGUCUAUCCCUCUUUCGAGACUCUGUCCUCGGAAAGGUCUCGUGGGAUAAGUUACAACCGGUUGUGACCACAUCAGAGUCUGAGAAGCUUGAGGAACUGGAACUUUUUCGUAAUUUUGCGCUUUUGUAUAUGAAGAAAGGGGGUCUACCGGUACUGGAGUGCCACGAUUUCAGAACGGACGAACGACAUACUGUACCGUUGGAUGAACCAAUUGCAUCGGUAUAUACUGGAUCUAAUCUGAAAUAUGAUACUUCUAUCGUGCAUUUUAACACGUCGUCCCCGCUAACGAUGCAAAGUGUGUACGAGUAUGAUAUGGACAAAAAGAUAAUGCGCAAGAAGGGGACGCGGAGUCCUGCAGGUUUCGAUGUGCGCCAGUAUGUCGUGAAGCGUAUAACGGUUCCUAGUGACACGGCUGACAUUCCAGUUACACUUAUACACAACAAGAAUCUGGAGCGCAAUGGCCAGAACCCGGUGAAUAUUCGUGCGUAUGGUGCUUACGGUGUGCCAUUUGAGCCGUACUUUCGAUUGGAGAUUUUACCUUUGUUGCGACGAGGUUUCGUCGUGGCGCUAGCUCAUGUUCGUGGCGGUAGCGACUUGGGUGUGCGAUGGUACAAGGAAGGCCGAUUAUUGCAAAAGGAGAAUUCGUUUAAGGAUUUGAUUGCAGUUGCCGAUUUCAUGGUACGAGAGAAAUAUUCUCAUCCGAAUCUUUUGACUGGCCAUGGGGUCAGCGCAGGGGGUCUUCUCAUGGCAACAGUAAUGAACCGCCGUCCAGACCUAUUUCGUGCUAUGGUCCUUCGAGUGCCAUUUGUAGAUCCACUGUCAGCCAUGCUAGACCGCACAUCUCCGUUGACAACUGUCGAACGCGGUGAAUGGGGAGAUCCGCUGGAAGAUCCUGCGGUGUAUGAGUAUAUGGCCGGAUAUGCACCGUACGACGGCAUCCCCUUUGCAAACUCCGGCUCAACGGAUUUCAAAACGUCAGUUUUAAUCACCGCAUCGCUUCAGGACCAGCGAGUCGCGCUAUGGCAGCCAUUGAAAUAUGUCGCGAGAAUGCGGGCGCGGAAUAGUACUGUGUAUGGCUCUGCCGCCGGACUUGCUGGGAAGGACGUGGCUCCAUCCGCCGCUACCCCAAAGCUACUAUUAAAGAUAUACAAUGAUCGGGGUCACAAUGCGUCUGGCGACGAAGUAAAUCUCGAAGAUGGCGCUCUGGAGUCUGCAUUUCUGAUACGAGAGAUCGAGCCAUUCUUAGAAAAUAUAUCUACUCGAUGA